AUGUAAUAUCAAUUUGAUCAUAGAAUUAUCUAAUUUGUUUAAGGCGGUAAAAUGUUCUAAAUUAAGAUUGUAAAUUAAUUACUUUAAAACACAUUUUUUCUUAAAAUGGAAUAUAUUCCAGAAGACGAUGAAGUGCUCUAAAUCCCAAUUAAAAAGAAACCAAAAAUAUAAGAACCACACAAUGCUAAUUUAAACUCAAAACAAUAAAAUUGCUCAUAAUAAGCGAAUAACAAGUCUAAUCAAAAAAGAAUAGAUCUAAAAAUAUAAGCAUCUUUGUUAGAUUCACUUAAAUUUACUGAGAACAUUCAACCUGAUAUUCCAGAAUCAAGUUUGAAGGUUGAUUUUACUGAAUGGGAGCAUUAGAAUUUUGUAUUUAAAUUGAGACAAUAAUCUCAAAAUUCAAAAGUUGAAUAUGACGAUAAAAUCAUUCAAUAUUUUAGUGACUUUAAUUAAAAGUGGAAUAUCUAUCCUUAUAAGCAUUUUGUAGAUUUAAAACCUGAAACAGAUUAUGUUAUUAUGAAAUAACCAUUGUGUGAAUCCAAAAAAGUAAACAAAAAAUAUAAGAGGCAGAAAUAAAUAAAAGUGAUUCCUUUGAAAUAGAGUGAUAGAAUGACAGCUAUAAAAAUUAAACUUGAGCUUAAAUGA